AUGGAUGCAUUCGGUGGCUUUAUGGCGUCCUGCCCUCCUGCAUUUGCUCCAGAUGGUAGCGCAAUCUAUUCUGCCACCGGAGACUCCAUAAUUGCACUGUCUCCAGUGACACUUGCUCUCUUGAAGGUAGUACCAACACAUAAACGGCGGAUAGUCCAACUCUUGUUCCUACGCGCAUCAGAUUCACAGCUUCUCAUCCUCUCGAAGCAUCGAUUCUCUAUUUACAAUACACGGACGGGGGACUUCUCGCUUGAAGUCUCCUUACCAGAGGACAAGGGGCCCAAAAAGACUAAGGACGGAUCCAUUUUGCAGCACGAGCCAGAAUUUGUUGCGUGUGCACAGUGUGAUGGAUCUGAUCAGUUUGUCUUCUUACUGGAAGCCAAAGCAGCGAAGAACAGAACCCAUUUUCUCAUCUUGUACAGUCUCUCGGCUGCAGCCAACAACCCGCGUAAGGCCGUCUUUGACCUAUCUGAUGUAGUCUGUUUGAAUCCCCCGCCUGUCACUCCCGACCAACUUACUUUGCAGCGGACGAGCAGUCGACUAAUCAUUUCAGAUGACGUCAUUUAUAUAGCUAUUGAUUGUACGCUUUUCUUUGCCAGAUUUCCGCAUUCUAGGCCCGACUCCCCACGAAGGCUUCCAGAUAACUAUUCCACAAUGUCUCAUGACGCCUGUAUUACUCAGUUGGUUGCGUUUAACCAUCGCACCUCCUAUGGAUUCUUGAUGGGUGAUCUUCGCGGGGCUCUGUACCGCUUUGAAGGCAUACCAAUAGGAACCACUGUUGCUCAAUCAAAGCAUGUUCGGUUCCAUUGGAAUAAAAAUGGGAUCAGUGCGUUGGCUGUUGCUCAUGCCACCACUGCCACUCCUAAGGUCCUACUGGGAGGAGAGGAAACAAUCGUGGUCAAUCUUUCGCUUCUUGAUUAUACUCCGCAAUUUGGACCGGCUGUGGUUGGACCGGUACGGUACAUCUCGUGCCCUUGUCCGUCAAUCUUCUCUCCAACCUCUCUUACCUACUCCCAGACGGCGUGCGUAGUUACAGCAACCAACACAAUGUAUUUGAUAGAUACCGCUGCUGGUGUCAUUAUGGCUCAGAGGCAUGGGUUAGUCUCUCCAGCUAGAAAUUUGCGUUACACACCAAAGGAUACUCCAGGAAUCUUCUUAUAUGGCGAGAACGACCAGCUCAGCAUACUAGCUGAUGGGUCUCCAGGAGACAUCCAGCUUUUCCACGGGGUAGAAAAUAUACCAAGUUCUGCUUUGCUACCCACGAACUCAACUGAUAUAGUGACUAUUAUACAACGAAACAAAGUCUAUUCUCGAUGUGAAAUCUCGGAUCCUCCGCAUAUCCUUCACUUCGCUGCGCUGGCUAACGGAUCUUUGUUGCUUGCUGUUACAGGACUAAAACUGACGCACAAUGUUCACCAAGAGGAGGUGCUCUAUGCUUAUCGUGCUACUGGCCGUUUUGACGAUUCCAUCUGUCUCGCCCAAAUUUUUCGGCCGCACAGCACGUCUGUGAAGUUGCUGGCUCCUCUGUUGUCUGUUCCUAAUUGCGAUUUGUUUUUAACUGUUAGCCAGCUAGAGGCUAAGGUCUUCACGUUCACCGACGCAGGCAUUGUCGAGGUAUUUAAUUGGGACAUCUGCGAUGGUCUUGGGGAUAUUCCCAUAUGGGUGGAAGCAGCUGGAGUUUCUAGAAAUGGCCAUUAUUUCUGUGCAGUACUCGGGGACGCAGAGCUUGAUAAGCACCACUUGGAGCUGCGCGUCUAUGAGAUUAUUUACUCCGGUUCAGAAAAGAGUGAGAAUGGUCACCCUUUUCCCGUGAGCAUCAAGGUGCUGGAGAGGUUCGACCUAUUAGCGACUAGAGGAAAGAGUUCAUCUUACCGAACCCGAAGAACUAUGUGUGCCGUCGGUGAUACCUCUGUCUGCAUCACCAGCCCAGCAGGAAUAUUUUACUAUAAGUUUAUUAGGGACUCAAGUAUCUCUACAAAGAAGCAGGAUUCUAAUAGGAAGCGGCCUCUAAGUAUCAGCCUGCCAAUAAUACACCAAGUUUGUCUAUCUCCGCAUCCUGACAGUAACGAUCGUCAUUAUGUCUUUGGAAUUGGUGAUGAUAAGGGCAUGCUUUUUAAGCUAGCGAACGGUGCAAUAGAAGAAAAGGUAGUCAUUUUUGAAAAACGGCAUAAGCGAGAUAGAGUAUGCGGGGUAGAUUGUAGCCCUGACGGGCAGGUGUAUGCACUAAUAAGCACACGGGCCAGUGGCAGACAAAUGAUUCGUGCAUUAGGUGGACACACAAAGAGAGAGCCUUGCAUAGAAGAGCAACCACAAGCCUUCAACAAUACCUGGUCUCUCUUAGGGUCUACGGAAACCUCUGCACCAGGGCAAGUGAUACUUGCAGAAAGUGAAGUACCAAAAGGGUUUUGUGAUGAGCCUAGCCACCGGCUUACCCAGUUUGGGGCCCAGCUGGAGGCGGCCCUUGACGCCCUGUUCUAG